CAAAGAUUCAAGCAACUGUAAAUAGGUGUUGAGGAAAUCUGCUUAUGAGUGACCUACUAUUGUCUAAAGACUUUUGCUUCUCUAUAGUAAAAUAAAUAUUUCACAAUAGUUUCACAACAUACUUGCAUAAAGAUUUUGAGUCAUCAAUGUCUUUUAAACUGAAACUGGAUUAGGGAAAUUCUUCUUUGUAUCAGAAGUUUGCAAAAGCCUGGAGCACCAACAACUUCCUCAUAUCCUGGACUCAAGAAGGCAAAAUAAAUCAGAUGAAGAAGGAAGGCUGUUAUUUCAAAGCCCAACCUCCUUUUUGCCCCUGAAGCCCUGGUUGGUUACUUAAGGAACCACAGAUUUAUACUCUAAGCUGAUGGUUGAAGAUCUUCAAUAAACAAAAUGGAAAGAAGCUUAAAGAAUAUUAUUGUGGUGGCCUUCGGAUUUCUUCUUCUAUUUACAGCUUAUGGAGGUCUUCAAAAUCUACAGAGCAGCCUCAAUGAUGAAGAAGGACUAGGAGUGGCUACACUUAGUGUUGUCUAUGGAGCCCUGAUUUUGUCUUCCAUGUUCCUUCCUCCAAUUCUCAUUAAGAAAUUUGGCUGCAAGUGGACCAUUACAGCUUCUAUGUGCUGUUACAUUGCUUUCUCUCUGGGGAACUUCUAUGCUAGCUGGUACACCUUGAUCCCCACAUCCAUAAUUCUAGGUCUAGGAGGAGCCCCUUUGUGGUCGGCCAAAUGUACUUACCUUACAAUUACUGGAAAUGCUUAUGCACAGAAGGCAGGAAAACUUGGGAAAGAUGUCGUCAACCAGUAUUUUGGCAUCUUCUUUCUCAUAUUUCAGUCUUCAGGGGUCUGGGGGAACUUGAUUUCAUCUCUGGUGUUUCAGCAGGAGUCUAUCAAAGGAGAAAUAUCAGAUGACCAGCUGAUGCACUGUGGUGCAAAGGAUUGUUUAAAAACCAGCACAUCUUCAAGUAACAGUACACGUCCAACACAUGACUUAAUCUACACUCUGCUGGGUAUCUAUACUGGAAGUGGUAUUUUGGCAGUAUUAUUGGUAGCUAUAUUUCUUGAGCAGAUUCCAAAAGAUCUACUGGAAAAUUCAGAAGAAAAGAAAAAUGCAUCUUUUGCGUCCAAUUUCCUGGCAACUUUUCGGCAUCUUAAAGAUAAGCGUCAGUGUCUCCUCAUUCCUCUGACAAUGUAUAGUGGAUUUGAGCAAGGAUUCCUUUCUGGUGACUAUACAAAGUCAUAUGUCACCUGUGCCCUGGGGAUACGAUAUGUUGGUUAUGUGAUGAUCUGCUUUUCAGCCACCAAUUCCCUCAGCUCUAUGCUCUUUGGAAAGAUCUCCCAGUAUACUGGCAGAAUAGCUUUGUUUGUACUAGGUGCAGUGAUACACCUUUCCUGCAUCAUUUCUCUUUUGCUGUGGAAACCUCACCCCAGUCAGAUGGCUGUGUUCUUCAUAUUUCCUGCCCUUUGGGGAAUGGCAGAUGCUAUUCUGCAGACACAAACCAAUGCCAUUUAUGGAAUUUUAUUUGUGAAGAACAAGGAAGCUGCUUUUGCCAAUUAUCGUCUUUGGGAAUCCUUUGGAUUUGUCAUUGCUUUUGGAUACAGUACAUUUUUGUGUGUCUACAUCAAGUUAUAUAUACUACUCGCGGUACUGAUUUUGUCAGCAGUGACCUAUGGGAGUGUCGAAUACCUGGAACGUGGGAAAUCACUUGAAAUACUUACUGAAAAAAAGGAAACUCAAGUAGAAGAAACAAUUACCCAAACAAAUAUGUAAAAAUGACAAUCUGCUUGAGGAGAGAGAAUAAGAAGGCUUCAGAAUGGUUUUCCCUGUAGAAGCAACUAAAAUAGUGAAUUGUUUUCUCAGAACAAUUUCAGUAUUGGUAACAAUACUUGAAUAUAUCUGUGAUCUCCUGGAUGUGAAAAUUCCUUCCUUCAACUGGCAAAGAUCACAAACCCAUCCAGGCUUUUUCCUCCUGUGUAAUUCCUGUCCAUACUCUUCCAUAGGUGUUCCACAGGAAAUUUAUGCCACAUUCUGUAACCAUUCCUCUGUAUCUUUUUUUAUAUUAGAUGGAGGAUACAUGGAAGGAUAGUAGUAUAGCACUAGAGCUACCCACCUUAUCCCUUCCUCUUGCUAUUUCACUGGCCCACUCCCUUUUCUUAUCAUACAUUUCCUUUUCUACUUCUUGUAUGUGAGUCAAUGUUAGAAAUGUACUUCAGCCAACUUUUAUCUACCUUUUCAGUUUUGAUUUUCAGAAAGAUUGUAAUGUUCAGAGAUUCAAAACUAUGUACCUUUGCUGAAAGAAUUUUUGUCUAAGAGUUGGAUAUUGAAAGUACUAUAUAAUCUUUCAAAUGCAAUAUAACUCUUUCUCUUGUUCAAUUCUGUAGUUCUCAACUGUAGUUCAUAACUCAAUGCUACAUAUAAAAAGUAUUAAUUUGAUGCAAUAAUAUAUAAUUUCUUGUUGUAUUAUACAUUUUUCAUUUUUUCACAUUUUUUUCUGGAUAGGUUGUUAUAACAAUCUUUUGUAUAAUUGCUAACCAUAGGAAGAGGUACUGUAAUACCCCCCCUAAAUCUUAAUAAAUCAAAUCAAUAUCAUCUUCAAAGAGAAAUAGUAAGAGGAUCCCAACAUUUAUUAGUAUGGCAAGGUUAAGGAUUGUGAGAUUGGUCACAUUCGCUUUAGGUCACUUCUCAGCCUUCUAUUUGACAUUUGUCCAUAAUCAAUUUUGUCAUCCUAAACUCGAGUAUGAUCGAGGUAUAAUUUUGGAUAUUUUCUUAGUGAUUAAUAAAAAUGUAUUCUCUUUUUCAUUAAUUAACUAGCUAGUUUGAGGCCAUGUCCUUUCAUUAAAGAGUAUUUAAUAAACUGGAGAAAUCUCUUUUCUCAUAAAUGAUUACUUAUUUUUAAAAACUACUAAUCUUCUGGAAUUAAGUAAACAUCACAAGUGCUAGCUAUACAGAUGAUUAACAAUGUGAGCAGUGAUAACAUAAAGAUAUAAAUAAUUAUUUAUUAAGUAUCACUUUGAGAAAUAUCCACCUUGAGUCAGUGCAAACUAUAGCAUUAACUAUAACUAUAUUCUUUUAAUUUCUGAAAACACAAUCCCAUAUCAUUCAGUUUCUCUCAAUAAUCUUCAAGAAGUAGCUAAGAAGCAUAGUGAGUAAGAGCUAUGGACUUAGGAACAGAAAGACCUGAGUUCAAAACUUCCUAGCAAUAUGACUCCAGGCAAAUCACUUCAAUACUGCCUCAGUUUCCUCAUCUAUAAAGCAGAGAUACUAAUAGCACCAAUUUAUAGGGUUGUUGUGGAGGAUUUAAUGAGAUAAAUGUAUAGCACUUUAUAAACUUUAAAUUUCUAUUAAAAGUGAAAACUUCUUCAAGAAAAUAAGAUAUCAUUUCUUUCUUUGUCCAUCUUUUUUCUAAUAAUUACAGCAAAACAGUAUAUCCACACGUUCUGUAUGUGGGUGUAUAUGUUCUCCAGAAGAUAAAUAAUGUUUACAAAUUUUCUCAGCUCUGUACUCUGCCACAAAAAUCUACUAGGAGGAAAAAAAGUCUAAUGGAUGAAUUCCUGUCUCUUAAACCUUGCCUUCAAGAACUUGGACCCACAUUACAGCAAUAAUUUUUGCUCACUUACAUUAAAUAGCAUAGAUUCAUGGAUAAAUAUUUAAAGGAAAUGCCUUCCAUUUACAGGCUGGAAUGACAAAACAGUUGUAAG